AUGGCUAACGUUAGUUCACGUCGAGACUUCUUCCCAGAUCGCACCCCAGCCUUUUCCUCGCCGAGACUAGCCGUUCGCUGUGAUCGCUUCGUGGCUCUGGAUCUCUCGGGGGGCUGGGACCAGCCGGUACACUUCUCGGCCGGCAUCUGGCCUCCAGCGCGCGCUUCUUCGCUGUCGGCCGGUCCUUUCCGCGGGCCGCGUCUGUCCGCUGUCCAGCCUUCGUUCCGCUCUCCAGCACAGCCGCUUUCCUUCGUAGGCCCAGCCUGCCCGCUCCAAGCUGACGUUAUCUACAAUGCAGUGAGAAGAGAAGAAACAGAAAAGGCAGUUGCAUCUCUUCUUCAUUUCUCCACAAAGCUCCCAGCCCCUGAGACAGUCCAUGGAAGGAUUAGCGCCGGUCCGCACUUAACGCAGUGUGUCCAAGGCACUGCGUGUGAGUAUCGCGCCACCCUCCAAAGGACGUCCAUAUCUCAGUACGUCACAGGUUCUCUCCUGGAGGCAACAACGUCUUUAGGAGCAAGAAGUGGUCUUCUAAAUUCUUUUGGAGGAUCCACUGGACGAAUGAUGCUGAAAGAACGCCAACCAGGCACCUCUAUGGCCAACUCGAAUGCUCUCCCCUCAAGUUCAGCUGGGAUCAGCAAGGAACUGGUCGACCUGCAGCCCCUCAUUCAGUUCCCAGAGGAGGUGGCCAGCAUUCUAACAGAACAGGAGCAGAGCAUUUACCGCAGGGUCCUGCCAGUCGACUACCUUUGCUUCUUAACCCGGGACUUGGGAAGCCCAGAAAGCCAGAGGCCUUUGCCCUGCCUCAGAGCGUCUACCUCAGCACCCAUUCUCACAUCUCCUGAUGGAGAGCUCAGUGCCCUGGAAGGCCUUGUGAUGAGAUUUAAUGAGGUGAGCUCCUGGGUAACCUGGCUGGUCCUCACGGCGGGGUCCAUGGAGGAGAAGCGGGAAGUGUUCUCACAUUUGGUGCAUGUGGCCAAGUGCUGCUGGAACAUGGGCAACUACAACACGGUCAUGGAGUUCUUGGCGGGCCUCAGGUCUAGAAAAGUUCUGAAGAUGUGGCAGUUCAUGGACCAGUCUGACAUCGAGACCAUGAGGAGCCUGAAGGACGCGAUGGCUCAGCACGAGUCCUCCUCGGAGUACCAGAAGGUGGUGACCCGGGCGCUGCACAUCCCUGGCUGCAGGGUGGUUCCCUUCUGUGGGGUGUUCCUGAAAGAGCUGUGUGAAGCGCUGGACGGCGCCCCCGGCCUCAUGAAGCUCUGCCCGCGGUACAGUUCCCAGGAAGAGACCCUAGAGUUUGUAGCAGAUUACAGUGGACAAGACAAUUUCUUGCAACGAGUAGGACAAAAUGGCCUAAAGAAUUCCGAGAAAGAAUCCACUGUCAGCAGCAUCUUUCAAAUCAUCAGGAGCUGCAGUCGAAGUCUGGAGGCAGAGGAGGAGGACAGCCCCAGCGAAGGGGACAGCUCUAGGAAAAGCUCCCUGAAGGAUAAAACCCGGUGGCCGUUUAUAAUUGGAGAUUUGCUGGAUUCAGAAAACGACAUCUUCGAGCAGUCCAAAGAAUGCGACCCUCACGGGUCAGAGGAGCCACAGAAGGCCUUCGACCAUGGGACAGAGCUCAUCCCGUGGUACGUGUUGUCCAUCCAAGCUGAUGUGCACCAGUUCCUGCUGCAGGGGGCCACGGUCAUCCACUAUGACCAGGACACACACCUCUCUGCUCGCUGCUUCCUGCAGCUUCAGCCAGACAAUAGCACGCUGACGUGGGUGAAGCCCCCCACUGCCUCCCCAGCUAGUGCUAAAGCAAAAGUCUGUGUGCUGAGCAGCACAGCCGAGCCUGGCAAGUUUCCAUUACUGGGUAAUGCUGGCUUAAGCAGCCUGACAGAGGGGGUCUUAGAUCUGUUUUCAGCAAAGGCUGUGUACAUGGGACACCCUGGCAUUGAUCUACACACUGUGUGUGUUCAGAACAAACUGAGUAACAUAUUUCUGUCGGAGACGGGUGUGACUCUGCUCUAUGGACUCCAGACCACAGACAAUAGAUUACUACAUUUCGUGGCCCCAAAGCACACAGCCAAAAUGCUCUUCAGUGGACUGCUGGAACUCACGAAAGCUGUGAGAAAGAUGAAGAAGUUCCCUGACCAAAGGCAGCAGUGGCUGCGGAAACAGUACGUCAGCCUCUACCAGGAGGACGGUCGCUAUGAAGGCCCAACUUUGGCUCAUGCAGUGGAGUUGUUUGGAGGCAGACGGUGGAGUACCCGAAACCCCAGCCCUGGAACCUCAGCAAAGAAUGCCGACAAGCCCAACAUGCAGAGAAACAAUACUCUGGGCAUAAGCGCCACCAAGAAGAAGAAGAAAAUCCUCAUGAGGGGUGAGAGCGGAGAGGCGACGGACGACGAGAUGACAGCCCGAAAAGCCAAGGUGCAGAAGGAAUGUCGGAGCCGAAGCGGCUCUGAUCCUCAGGACAUUGAUGAGCAAGAAGAAGCAGAAGUCAAUGCCAUCACUGGCCCUCCCAACCCCCUCCCUUCCAGAAGAGCCCACUCCUUGACAACAGCGGGGCCCCCCAACUUGACCACCCCGACAUCGUCUCCCACCAGGCCAGUCUCCUCCCCUGUGCUGUCUUCUUCAAACAACAGUCCAUCCAGUGGCUGGAGCAGCAGCAGCUGGCACGGGCGGAUCAAAGGCGGAAUGAAGGGGUUCCAGAGCUUCAUAGUGUCAGACAGUAACAUGAGUUUUGUUGAAUUCAUUGAGCUGUUCAAGUCCUUCAGUGUGCGCAGCCGCAAGGACCUGAAGGAUCUCUUCGACGUCUACUCUGUGCCCUGCAACCGCUCGGGUUCGGAGUCAGCCCCCCUCUACACCCACCUGACAAUCGAGGAGAGCGCCAGCGACUUUCAGCCUGACCUAGAUUUGUUGACCAGGAAUGUCUCGGACCUGGGGCUGUUCAUCAAGAGUAAGCGGCAGCUGUCCGACAGCCAGAGGCAGAUCUCUGACGCGAUCGCCGCAGCCAGCAUCGUGACCAACGGCACUGGGAUCGAGAGCGCGUCGCUGGGCGUGUUCGGGGUCGGCAUCCUGCAGCUCAGCGACUUCCUGGUGAACUGCCAGGGGGAGCACCGCGCUUACGACGAGAUCCUCGGCAUCAUCCAGAAGUUCGAGCCCAACAUCAGUAUGUGUCAUCAGGGUCUAAUGUCAUUUGAAGGUUUUGCGAGGUUUCUGAUGGAUAAAGAUAAUUUUGCUUCAAAAAAUGAUGAAUCACAGGAGAACGUUAAAGAAUUGCAGCUGCCCCUCUCCUACUAUUACAUUGAAUCUUCCCACAAUACCUACCUCACGGGCCACCAGCUCAAGGGAGAAUCCUCGGUGGAACUCUACAGCCAGGUCCUCUUGCAAGGCUGCAGGAGCAUAGAGCUGGACUGCUGGGACGGAGACGAUGGCAUGCCCAUCAUUUAUCAUGGACAUACGCUCACAACAAAGAUCCCCUUCAAGGAAGUGGUGGAAGCCAUUGACCGCAGCGCCUUUGUCACCUCCGACCUGCCAAUCAUCAUAUCAAUUGAGAACCACUGUUCAUUGCCUCAGCAACGAAAAAUGGCAGAAAUUUUCAAGACUGUGUUUAGAGAAAAGCUGGUGGCUAAAUUCUUAUUUGAAACUGAUUUCUCAGAUGAUCCAAUGCUUCCCUCACCUGACCAGCUUAGGAGGAAAGUGCUUCUUAAAAACAAGAAGCUAAAGGCCCAUCAGACGCCAGUGGACAUCUUAAAGCAAAAGGCUCAUCAAUUAGCAUCCAUGCAAGCGCAGGCGUACAACGGCGGGAACGCCACCGCGCCGCCUGCCAGUAACGAGGAAGAGGAAGACGAAGACGAUGAAUAUGAUUAUGACUAUGAGUCCCUUUCUGACGACAACAUUCUGGAGGACAGACCUGAAAAGCCGUGCAGUGAGAAGCUUCAGUUUGAGUACAGCGAAGAGAUCCCCAAGCGGAUAAAGAAAGCAGAUGGCUCUGCUUGCAACAAAGGGAAGGUUUAUGACAUGGAACUGGGAGAAGAAUUUUACCUCCCUCAGAAUAAAAAGGAAAGCAGACAGAUCGCACCGGAGCUUUCUGACCUUGUCAUCUACUGCCAAGCAGUGAAGUUUCCAGGCCUGUCAACUCUGAACGCAUCUGGCUCGAGCAGAGGAAAAGAACGGAAGAGCAGGAAGUCCAUCUUUGGCAGCAAUCCGGGCAGAAUGAGCCCGGGGGAGACGGCGUCACUCAACAAAACAUCUGGAAAAAGUCCCUACGAAGGAAUUCGACAGACCUGGGAGGAAGCUCCGUCCCCUCCCAACCCGACCACAUCCCUCAGUGCUAUCAUUCGCACGCCCAAAUGCUACCACAUCUCGUCGCUGAACGAGAACGCGGCCAAGCGCCUGUGUCGCAGGUACUCUCAGAAGCUGAUCCAGCACACCGCCGGCCAGCUGCUGAGGACCUACCCGGCCGCCACCCGCAUCGACUCGUCCAACCCCAACCCGCUCCUGUUCUGGCUGCACGGGAUACAGCUCGUGGCUCUCAACUACCAGACAGACGAUCUCCCUUUGCACCUAAACGCCGCCAUGUUUGAGGCAAAUGGUGGCUGCGGUUAUGUUUUGAAGCCACCAGUUCUUUGGGACAAGAGCUGUCCCAUGUAUCAGAAGUUUUCUCCACUGGAAAGAGAUCUAGACAAUCUGGAGCCUGCUGUGUAUUCUCUAACUAUUGUCUCUGGCCAGAACGUGUGUCCUGGUAACAGCACUGGAAGCCCGUGCAUUGAGGUGGACGUGCUGGGCAUGGCCCUGGACAGCUGCCACUUCCGCACAAAGCCCAUCCACCGGAACACCCUGAACCCCAUGUGGAGCGAGCAGUUUCUGUUCCGGGUUCACUUUGAAGAUCUUGUGUUUCUGCGUUUUGCAGUCGUGGAAAAUAACAGCUCGGCAAUAACAGCUCAGAGAAUCAUCCCCCUCAAGGCCUUAAAGCGAGGAUACCGGCAUCUUCAACUGCGAAACCUUCACAACGAAGCCUUGGAGAUCUCUAGUUUAUUCAUAAACAGCCGGAGAAUGGAAGAAAAUUCCUCCAGCACUACCAUGCCAGCCUCUUCGAUGUUUAACACCGAAGAGAGAAGGUGUGUGCAGAGCCACAGAGUCACGGUGCACGGGGCCCCGGGCCCAGAGCCCUUCGCUCUUUUCACCAUAAAAGGAAGCACCAAGGCCAAGCAGCUCCUCCAACAGAUUCUGAUGACUGAACAAGACACCAAAUUAUUCUCCACAGACUACUUUUUGAUGGAAGAAAAGUAUUUUAUAUCAAAAGAAAAAAAUGAAUGCAGGAAGCAACCCUUUCAGAGGGUCAUUGGUCCAGAAGAAGAGAUCAUGCAGAUUUUGAACAGCUGGUUUCCAGAAGAAGGCUACGUGGGCAGGAUUGUCUUGAAAGCCCAGCAGGAAACUCUAAAAGAGAAGAGCGUUGUUCAAGAUGACAAAGAGGUGAUCUUGACCACAGAGGAGGAGAGCUUCUUUGUCCAAGUGCAUGACGUUUCUCCAGAGCAACCUAAAACCGUCAUCAAAGCACCUCGCGUCAGCACUGCCCAGGAUGUCAUUCAGCAGACAUUAUGCAAAGCCAAGUAUUCCUAUAGCUUCUUGAGCAACCCCAAUCCGGGUGACUACGUGCUUUUGGAAGAAGUAGUGAGAGACACACCCAACAAGAAGUCUUCUGCUCCAAAGUCUUCUCAGCGAGUCCUUCUGGACCAGGAGUGUGUGUUUCAAGCCCAAAGCAAGUGGAAGGGCGCAGGGAAAUUCAUCCUUAAGCUAAAGGAGCAGGUGCAGGCUUCUCGAGAGGACAAAAGAAAGGGCAUCUCUUUUGCAAGUGAACUGAAGAAGCUCACCAAGUCAACCAAGCAGCCCCGGGGCAUCACCUCAGCACCUCAGCUCUUGGCCUCGGAAAGUGUCCAAAACAAGGAGGAAAAAGCUGUGGGUGGCCUGACCUCCAGUGACACAGCUGAUUAUCCACAGUGACCGAGGACAGUGAGUUCCCCAGGUGAAGAUCUUCUGGCAAGAAGUUAAAGACAACAGUGGACAUGGUGGAGAGAGAAUUUAUUUUCCUUCGACUUAAACUGGAAACGGACGGCUUGGGAACGGCAACGCUCUUCACACACGCCGUGACGCGCAUGCUGAGGCCGAGUGACGAGCGCAGGGUAGCAGCGCCCCAGUGGGCUCCGCGGGCGACGCACAGCGCGCCAGGACUGCCGGUCUGCAAAUGCCAGCAGCUGGAGACACAUCCCUGAGCUUGCUUAAUUCUUUUAAGGUCAGCAAGCUUUGUCUGCAGAAGCCAACCGGUAUUUUAGGGUGGCAACCACGCGGUCUGUGGCCAACGUGUGUAAGCUGCGUGCCCUGCCAAAGGCCCGCACAGCCGACAGACACAGGAACCAACACAGCUGUAUUCUGGGGCAACUUUAUGGACACUGACUUCAGAAUUUUGUGUAAUUUUCACAGAUCACAAACAUCCUCUUGAUUUUUUUUCAACCAUUAAAAAAUGUAAAGACUAUUCUUAGUUCAAGGGCUCUCUAAGAACAGGCGGUACUCUGGAUUUGGCCCAAGGGCCAGAGACCGGUGACCCAACCUGGAGAACUGGGAACCGGAGACAGAUCUGAAAACUAGCAAACUACACAGGUUAGCCAUAGAGUUUAUGGCUGAAAAGCAAAAGCUUCGGGCAUUGCAAAUGUAAAUGAAUUCUGUAAGAUUCACUGAAAGUGACUCAACGUAGUCCCUAUACUGUGUACCAUGGUGCACUCUACGAUUCUUUUUACAUAUGAAGAAGUUACUGGGGUUCAUGCGGGAAGGUCAUCGCUCAUAUAUUCACAGAUUAUUCCAUUUUUAGUUUCCACAAUUUAAUCUAGAAUGAUGACUUGUGAUGUGACAAAAAACGUAAUUUUUUUAAAUCAAAAGUAGUUUUGUGGAAAAAAGUUUUGUGUUUAAAGUAGAUUUAUUUAUUGUGCAAGGUUUGUACUGACACUGUAUUUGUGUAUUUAUUAGCCAUGCCUUUUUUCUGUGGAUUAGGAGCAUUAGUGAUUCUAUCUCACCAUUUGAAAAUAAACUUAAAAUGUACACCUGAACAUCUACAAUGAGCUAGAUUUCCACGUAAAAUAGCUUCGUUUCCUAUUAACUGAAGAGCUAUGGGCCCAAGUUAUAUUUGCAAUUUGAUGUAAAUUAUUUUUUAAAUACCUUGCUGUACAAAACCUAGCUAAGUGUAAUAGAUUCUUAAUCUCGGUAUGAAGCAAAUGAUGACGUUUUCCUCUGCAGUAAAACUCAAACUCUAUCUUUCCAUUGGUAUUAAAUUUUAAACAUUUUUCUUAAAAUUAUAAAACACAUUUUAAAAAUCCUUUGCUUUGAGAUGUUUUACCAAAUAUAAAAAUGAAAUACCUAUUGUUUGGUUUAUUCUAAAAACAAAAUUGCUGAACAUAUACAACAAAGCUGUCAUAGUUAACUACCAUUUUCUUGCCAGCUGAAUACAGGCUGUCCCCGCUUAAUAGUUCACGCAACACUGCAAGUUUCCUUAUAUCAAAAAAAAUCUGUAAUAUAUGCACAGUUCAAUCCCAUUUUUUAAAUAUCCUAGCACUAGCCAAUGAGGCCUCUAUAAACUAACAGGCCAAAUGGUUUGGCCUGGGUAAUUACAGGUUGAAAUUUGAGUCACCGACCAGACCGGCUAAAGCCAAAUUAUGCAGGGUGGUAAAAUGCAAGGCCAGACUCCCCCAGCUUAUCACACAGCUGACUCUCGCUCCUGCCCUUCCCCUGCGGCCUCAGCAUACUUGUGGACUUCGUUAGAGCACCAAAUCUGGGACUCACCCUGAGUGAAUGUGAGAUUUGGGGUUUAGCAAAUGAAUGAACCCAGUUUACUGCCUAUGCUGCACCCCAACAUUUUGAGGAUUACGUACAUACUGUAUUGUAACCGACUGGGAUUUUAGGAAGGACACACUGCUCAAACAGUAAAGCAAUCACAAUCUGUACUAUCAUGUGUCACUUUAAUGAUGGGGAUGCGGGGAAAACGCCUGAGAACAGCAGAGUGAAUUUACACGACACCACUGGGAAACAGGAAUUCUCAGUACUGCUGUAACAUUCUCGGACCACUGUCAUGUCCCAUGACACGCCCACAAAGCAGUCUGUCCGUCUGUCACUGAACGUGUCAUGCAUGUGUCUGGUAACUGACCAGCACAACUUGGUGUUUGCCAGAAAUAUGAAAUUUUUGUUAAAGGUUAACGCAUCUGAAUUAUAAUAUUAAAUGAAAUUCAGUAUUCUUUUAGAAUAUAUCUAAAAUAACCACUAGGACUAUACCUGCUACCAUUUUAUGCUUUCUAGGCCAUAAGAAAUCUGGAUAGCAAAUUCUUUUCAGUAGAGUUGACACAGAAAAAAAACCUAAAUGUUCAAGUUGGGUUUAUAACAGUAUUUCAAGAAGCCUCACAAAAAGUGAAAAGAAAUGAACAUGAAUUUUAACACCCUGUUACAGGGUGUUUGUUUUUAAAGUGUAUCUGGCAAUAAAAGGUGAGAAUAAGGCUCGGUAUGAAGUGCUACAUGAGAGCAGAGGUGAGCUUCCUCACAGCCACCUCGCUGCGAUGGUCACUGCUCCGUAAGACACGAGAGGGCAGCACAGGGCUGGGGACAGCCGGAUGACGGACCAGAUUGUCGGCAACAUUUUGAGUAAAGCGUCUUCGCAUGCCAUCCUAACAAGUGUAAAUUCACAAAUUCUCCAGCUGUGGCUGAAUAAAGAGGAGUCACAAAACACCAACGCCCCCCUCCGUGGCUCUGAGGCUGUGAAGGAAUGAAAGUGGACCCUGCACGCUGAACACUAAUUCUUAACCAUAUCUUCCCUUUUCCUGUCCUCCUCUAAUAUCUCUGUAGACCUCUCCUGUGCAGACAUUCAAGGCCUUACGAAAAGCAACCAGGGUUCGCAGUAAAAGUGAAGGGGUGCUACAGAGCACCACCACCAUUAUGCUCCUACACCAAUGAAGAGAUGAGAACAGCCUCAGGGUGCGCCCUGGGGCUUUCCCAGCCGUGUCCGACCUUACAUGUGGCAGAGUGAGGGGAAGGUCACAGGGAAGCUCGUGGCAACAGGGCAGUUGCUACCCUUGUCUUACAUCAGCACUGAGGCCACAAAAGGGGAGCACAUGGACCCCCAAAAGCUACUUGUUGGACAUUCCCAUGAUCGAUAAGAAUGUUUUCUGUUAUCUCUAGGCAUCAACUUUUCAAAAGCAGUCCUGGGCUGGCAGCUGAGGACUGUGACCCAGAAAUACCUGAAUCACACUAUUACUGCUAUUCUGAAAUGUGCGGAUGUUCAAGCCUGCAGUCAACAGCUCUGGGUGGAUACUUAGCUCAGGUGAUGCAGCUCACUCUGACACCCGACUAGCUAAGACAUUUCUUAGUGAACACAUGAUCUGACUCAGCAGCAGAUUACGGAAGAUUUACGCUGACACCAUUAUUCCACCUUACUUUUAAACGCCUAGUGCUAAGCACACAGUAAGUCAUCUGUAUUUGUCUAGCUGAUAAUGGGAGGCUGUAGAUGAGAACAGCCUCAGGGUGCGCCCUAGCUACUAAUGCUUAAGGCAUUUAACUCCAAAAAUCAAAGUAAUAGGCUAUACAAGCAAAUGUAUUUCACCCUCAAAUUCACACAGGAUAUUCAAAUAUUACCUGUAUGCUUUUAUGGUUCCAGUACAACUACAUAUAAAACAAGAAUUACAAGCAUAAUACAAGCGUAAAACAGCUGAUGAAUGUCUUAAAACUGCUUUUCACCUGAAUUACAAUUUUUGCUGCCAAAGUGAUACAUUUAUGUAUUUGGAAAUAAAUGAUUUCUGACAUGCAUUGGUAUUUUCUGCUCUGAUGACAACAGACCCUUUGAUUAUGCACACAAAUACUUAAUAUUCUUUUAUAUGUAAAUAGUUUACAAAUAUACAGACACACUUCUUUCUCACCAUUAAAUAAUCAAACCCUAAAGAUGUGACCUCAGAAAUGCUUUUUAAAUCACACACAAGUGUAUGCGGACCGACCGCACGUGGGCUGGCUUUUCUCUGCCUCCUACGUGCUGCGAUAGAAAAGGAAUCUUCUAUGUCACUUUAUCCCACGAGAAAGAGUGCAAAGCUCCAGAAAAAUGUAAGUGGAUUUCUAUGACUGAAGCAGUA